GCAGGCUUACGUGACAAACUGAACGUGCUUACACAAGGUGUCGCGGAGAUGAAGGAACAUCUCGAUGCAGAGAAAGCCAAGAAGGAGGCGAAAGAAAGAAGGAAGUUGGAGAAAGAAAUGAGGAAAGAAGAAGAAAGGAGAUUGGCCGAAGAAGAGGAAACCCGCAGGAAGGAGGAAGAGGAAUGGCGCGAGGAGAAGAAGCGCAAGAAGGCAGAAAAAGCGAAGCAAGAAGCAAUGCUACGCGCGGAGAUGAAGAGAGAAGUGGCGCUCCACACCACUCUGUUGAUUAGCGAAAUCAAAGAUGAUUGGAUCAACAAAAUGAAGUCUUCACUAAUGCCAGCACUUCUAGCCGGGAAGGUGGAUGUCAAGGGCGAGAAGAAGCUAAAGCCAGCUCAAGUGGCGGGGUCUUCAUCGGACGAUAGCGACGACGGGAGUGAGACAAGUGUCACUCAAGAGAUUAGCGACAAGGCCCGACAAGUGUGUAUUUCGAAAAAGCGCAAGCGGGUCGAUGACGUGGUGAUCGAAGGGAGCCCUCCAAUGGAAUUGCCAGCGAAGCGGACUCCGAGAAAGACCAUUGCUAGGCUAGUGCUCAUUUCUGAUCGGAUGACAAGGUCCAAAGCAAAGAAGAAAGGAGGAGGCAUCACUAUUCGUACUAAGAGAAAGUUUCUGGUCAAAACGCCACUCGCUAAAGUUCUGAAGUCGGCAAAGAAGUCUCCACCACCAAGCGGAAGGAUCACUCCGGCCAGCAAAGCCUUGCUGCGACUACGUUUCCGGGAUGCCAUCAUGCGUAAGCUGAAGGACUGCAACGCUGAUGAGCUUCAGCGAAUCUGCCGGGAGGAAGGAUUACACUAUGAAGGUAAGAUCGACACGAUUCUCGAUAUUGCCGAGUAUCGAUCCAGGUGUCUGUUCCCAGAGAACGGGCCAGAGAUUGGGGUUGUUCCUAUAACCGUGUCCGAUGAUACCGAGUCAGUAGACGUGCCAGCUAAUAAUUUGAGUGAUGUGGCUUUGAUCCGGAUAGAUUGUGGGAGUUGUGCAGAUAUAUCACGAAGGUUCGGUGUUGCGCUAAGUUGGUUGACCGGAAACUUGAGCAAUUACUCCACACGACUAUCCUUUUACUAGCCUUGACUUUACGAGUCAAAUGGUUACAGAAAUACGUUGAUCAAUGGUUGUUGCUUUAUGAUGCGCAUGGGAUAGGUUUUCUAGACUUAUGUAAUGUGGUGUACGUUGCAGUUUCCCCGUACUGUAAGUCGAGUUAUAUUGGCAAUACCUCUCGAGAUUGCACCACACGAUGGCGUGAGCACUUGUAUGCAGUUCGAAGACGUACACAAUCACACUUUCACUGCUGGAUUACCUUGUUUGGUACAGGAAACUAUGUCCUUAUCCCAGUCGAUUAUAUUGAGGGUGCUGAUAUCGUUAAGCUUGAGAAUUAGUACAUUAAUCGGUGGUCACCGUUUCUCAACACCGCAUGAGUAAGAAAGGAACAUAAGAAAUCGGUUAGGAGGAAGUCGGGAAAAAGCGAGAGGAACCGAAGUAAAGCUGUAAAAACAGA